AAAGCGUAAGAUUAUUCUCAACGAAUGCACCCAAUAUUCCUUAAGAACUCACUUGCACACGUGCUCGUUAGUAAUCUAUAUUUAUUUCAAACAUACACGCGCGAAUUAUUAUGUUAUUUUACAUUUGUUAACCGUAUAAUUUUUCUUUUAACCAUUAUUGUAAUAGUGCAUUCAACCCAAGAACAUUAAUAUUCUGUUUCAUAAAAUACAUAAGACAUUUUUAAACAUCCAACUCAAGAUAACCUCUAAUUUAUUGUGUAAAUUCAGUGAAAUGAUAAAUACUUUCCAUUUUACUGAUUACAAGUGUUGAUUUAAUUGACUUUAUUAAUUCUGCAAAUACUAAUCUCAUAUAUUUUAAUUGUGAAGUGAUAAAUAUAUUGUGCUACAACAAUAAAAAUAUUCACAAUGGAAUUAUUAACAAUCGAACUGCGGCCGCAAAUUCAGUCAGGUUAUGUAUACAUUUUGUUACAACCUAACAUUUCAAUGGAUAAUGUCAAAAUAACAGUCGAUAACAAUUCUAUGAUCUUAAAAAUUGGGGACCAUCAACUACUCGUAAAUUUUCCGCUGAUCAACGUAAUUUCUUCAUCCUUUCAAAUAAUAGAUCAGUGGGUAAUAGUUCGAGUUCAGCUUAGUCAAUCUAAUUUAUCACAUCAAAAUGAGGUUAUAAAUUCAAUUGAAACAAAGGCUAUAGAAGCUUUAAAAAUAAAUAUCGAUCUGCCUCCAGCAAACGAGAAUCUCAAUAUAUUUUGUAAUUUUUGUAAGAAUACUUUAUUGGAUAACACGGAAUUCAAAAGAGUUUUAUCUCUUCCAAGUGAGGAAUGCGAACCUAGCGAGUGGUUCUGUUGUUCUCACAGUGACGUUGAUUACAAAAAUAUAUUGUGCCCUAGAACUAACGAUUGUUUCUACGGUUCGCACUACUAUGUUUUGAAUAAAAAUAUAUUUGGAUCUGAAUUGACAAUUAACGAUAAAGAUGUUGCCUGUAAUAAAUGUUCAUCGGUCUUAGGAAUUGUAAAAGACGAGAACUCGUUUAAAAUUUGGAAUAAUAGCCUGCAGUAUUCAUCACAUUCAUUUGAAGAAAAUAAAAAAUCGCCUUUUGAUGAUUUCAAAUUAGCGAUAAAAGAAUUUAUAAAAAAUGGCGGCAUAUUUAGAGAAAUUAAAUUUUUCGCUCUGGAAAAAAGUGAAAAGUUGACAUUAUCUGUUAAAAUAAUGGAUACAAAUCUGAGUUUAUUGACGAAGAAAUCGAUUAAUGAUAAUAAUGAAGUAACUUUAGAACAGAAGCAAGUGAUGAAGGUUUUAUACAAAAUUUCUGAAGAUGUAUCGACUCAUCCACAAAAUGAUUCUAAUUUUAGUAUUUGUCAAAUUAGUAUUGUUAGUAUCAACGCAGCUACAAAGCAUCUAAUUGCAUCGUCACAACAACUUCCGCCGAUUUACCGCUCUACCGAUACAUAUUUUAUUGGUUAUAUAUAUUAAUUUUUCGUUCGUCGCUUAUCCUUUGCCGAACCUCGUUAGUGUCGCACAGAGAGGGAAUCACCGCAAUGUUAAUUUUAGUGUAAUGUUGCCACGCCGAUUGCGAAAUUUAAUUAAUUUAGAUCAGACUAUUAAUUGUUUAUCUACAUUUUUUCAAAAUAAAUAUGUUCUAUAAAAUUUAUUUGUUAUGUAUACGGCUAGGCUCCAUAUUUUUUAACUGAUUAAAUCAGCUGAGAAUGUUUUUUAUAGAUAUGGCAACGUUGCACACCAAAUUUUACUUAUGAGAAUAUUCGCACAGUCAGGAAAUCCCUGCGAUUUCACUGUUUCUUCGCAUUCUCGCAUGAAAAAACUUUAUAUGUGAAAAAAUCUGAAAACCGCCUGACCCUGCAAGCCAACCCCAAAACUUCCCGCUGUUUUCGAGCUCAGGGAGGUCGCAAACAUUGUUACUUGUAAAUUUUUGAGCUCUUCGAGCUCAAAAAUUUGUUAGGCCGGUAGAUCAUAGCUUAACUGAAAAAUUAUAAUUUUUGUCCGACGAUAUCUUUGGAUAGGAUGAACCGAUUUGGACGUUCUUGGUGACAAUCGAAAGGGCUCAAAAAGACUUAAAACUGAUUACAUUUUAAGGUGAAUCGGGCAAGUGGUUUAUAAGUUAUACGCAAAAAACCAAAAACAAACAAAAAAUUUAAUUUUUAUUCUUCGUAUAACUCGUAAACUACAUGACCGAUCUACCCCAAAAUCUAAUCAAUUCUAAGUUUUGGUGAGCUCUUUCGAUUGCGACCAAUAACCUUCAAAUCGGUUGAUUCGUUCCAAAGAUAUCGUCGGACAAAAAAAAGAUUACACACACACACACGUACACACGGACAUCCACCCGGGAAUAGUCAGAAUAGCUUCCUAGGAUCUCAAAACGUCGACAUCUGAUGAAAACUCGAUUUUCGAAAAUCGGACCGAAACCAAUAAUUUCCUUUUUUAUGAAAAUUUGCAAUUUUCUUAGCGGGAAGUUAAAAAAAAAGCGGGGACUCCCUCAUUGCUCAACGAAAGAAAAUUAGGAAAAAAAAGUAUAUCAUACCACACACAUAUUAAUAUUAACAAAUAAAAAAUAAUCCAACUUUUUUAUAUCAAUUAAUAUAAAUAAUUUAUUUUUUCAAAUUCUGUAUAUUAUAAAUUUAUAAGUGGUAAAAUUGACUAGAUUACAAAAACAGUAGAGUGAAUGUCAUGUAAUUUUUUUUU